AUGUUUGACAAACGACGAUCCAGAGCCAUCUUUCGAAGCAAUGCUGAGAAUCCAAGUGAGACAUUUGACUUUUCACAACUUGAUCAACACUUUAGGGCAAUUUCUCAGUCAACUUCAACAAGUUGUGGCAUUCCAGACCAACAAGUGGCAGCAAAUGCCUCCCGCUGUUAUCCAGUAAGGCAAGAGACUCUUCCUCCUCCAAACGACACCUCCGAUAUCAACACCCAAAAGUGUUCCAUAUCAGCAAAAAUUGAUCACACACAAGAAAAAAGAAUGGCCAACAUCAACAUUUCGAGUUUGUAUGACUCUCGUGACUAUGACAACGAGUUCUCCACCUCUUCGUCCUGCUACUCUCCAACAGUAGCCACCAUUGUGCAUCGUUCGAAUGGAAGCACUCAGCGUUCACCUCUCAUUCAACAAAAUGUUGAGAGAUUGGUACGGAGUGAUGCCUCAUACUCUUCACCAGGUUCUUCUGACUAUGCAGAAGGUGCUUCAGAUGUUGCCGUAGUGGAUGAUGACGACGAAGAAGACUACGAUGAUCCAUUCCAUGACUUUGAGGAAUAUGAUGAUGAUGACGAAUGUGUAUAUGGUGAUUUCGAAUACAAAUACUCCCUGAUCAUGACAUAA